AGGUCAACGCUUGUUUGUGUCUGAACCUUACCGAAUUUUCACCGUCCGUGUUGUCAAACCAACGUCUGUUCUUAUCUCUCCGUGCUGGAUUUCUGUGCAGGAGCUCACGGUUACGUCAGCCGGUCACCUGAUAGCCGGAGGCCGUGGUUUGGGUGCUGUGUAGCGCUACUGUUGCCGUGUGUUGUGAUCGGCCGUCGUUUUCACUCAGUUCAUGGCCUAGCAGUCGUUUAACUUAGAUUCUUAUUCAUGUCAAGAAACUACUGGAAUGUAACUGUGUUGUGAAGGAUAUCAAAUUCUUUUCAAGUUUCAAUGUACAGGAAUAAAGAUUUUUUGUGAACUUUCAAGAGUAGGCCUACAUUGAUUUAGAUCUAAAUACAUUUCAUGAGUCGUGAGUUGACAUUUCCUGAUUUCAAGUGCGUACAUUCCGUGUGCUGAUGUGUGAGCUUUAAGUUUUGGCUGAUGUGCAAACAUCACGAUGUCACUGACACACAUCUCGAUGCUGAGGUAGACAGAAUAUCUGCCAUCAUGUCUCUCUCGUUGAUAUCGUCGUGCGCCGUGUGUGACGUCAGCUGGAUGACGUACCUGCUGGACGUGACGUAGUACACAGGAAAUUUAGUGAGCCAUCGCCCCACAGUCACCUGUCAAAAUGACCUUGGAACGUAACGUGACCCCUCCCGCCCACACCAACAUGUCCGCCAAACCCAUCAGCACCAUGAACGGCGGGGAGAAAGUCUGCCUGCACCAAACCGCACCGGUGACGCGCAAAGACGAGCCCAUGUACAGCCGCAACAGUCCAAACAUGCUCAACAUCUUGACAGCCAGUUCGGACCUGGAGUUUUCCAAUAGCACCAGCAUGCUGCACGUGAUGACCACAAGCUCUGACGUGGACUUUACCAACAGUAUGCUUCGAGUGGACCAUGACGGAGACAGGUUUGGUUUAUCCUCAUCAUCUUCUAUGGUUUCACCCGGCCCCACAACCGCACACUCCGCACCUGCCACCCCCACACACAACCCUGUGGGGAGUGUGGAUGUGGGAUACAGAGCUGGCUCUCAGAGAGGGUUUUUCCAGGGUCUCCUUGGGUGUCUGCGACCCGUCUGGACCAUCCUAGGGAAAGCUGCAGCAGCUGAGCUUAAACAACAAGUAUCAUCAUCUGAUGACUGGGAGAUCCCAUUUGAGAGCAUCACAGACCUGCAGUGGCUGGGCAGUGGUGCUCAGGGUGCCGUGUUCCUGGGCAAGUUGUGCAACGAGGAGGUGGCCGUCAAGAAGGUCAGGGACGUCAAGGAGACAGACAUUCGCAAUCUCCGCAAGCUCAAUCACCCCAACAUUAUUUCUUUCAAGGGAGUGUGUACACAGGCACCGUGCUACUGCAUCAUCAUGGAGUACUGUCCAUACGGUCAGCUGUACGAGGUGUUACGUGAUGGCAAGGAGAUCCCUCCCACCCUGGUCUUAGAGUGGGCCAAGCAGAUUGCCAGUGGCAUGAACUACCUACACUCUCACAAAAUUAUACAUCGUGACUUGAAGUCACCCAAUGUGCUAGUGGCUUCCAAUGACAUUGUAAAAAUCUCUGAUUUUGGCACAAGUCGUGAAUGGAAUGAGAAGAGCACAAAGAUGUCAUUUGCUGGCACAGUAGCAUGGAUGGCCCCGGAGGUCAUACGCAGCGAAAUGUGCAGCGAGAAAGUGGACAUUUGGUCUUAUGGUGUUGUAUUAUGGGAGCUGCUGACUGCUGAAGUGCCAUAUAAGGAUGUGGACUCAUCCGCUAUCAUCUGGGGUGUGGGCAGCAACUGUCUCCAUCUGCCCGUGCCCAGCACCUGCCCAGAGGGUUUCAAGCUGCUCAUGAGGCAGUGCUGGAGCGCCAAGCCCAGGAACAGGCCAUCUUUCAGGCAGAUUUUGAUGCACCUGGAGAUUGCCUCGUCAGAACUGCUGAGCUACUCCAGGGAGGAGUUUGCUGAUUCACAGUCUAUAUGGAGGACAGAAAUCCGAGAAAACUUCCAGAAAAUGAAGGCUGAAGGUUCAAACCUGCCCCAGUUGGAGGAGGAGCUGAUCAAAAGGAGGAAGGAGGAGUUACGGCAUGCGCAGGAUGUACGUGAGCACUACGAGAGAAAACUUGAGCGUGCCAACAACCUGUACAUGGAGCUGACAGCCUGCAUGCUGCAGUUGGAGAAAAGGGAGAGGGAACUCAUCAAAAGAGAGCAGCAGCUUACACUGUACAAUAAACGCAGGAAAAGCAUAGUUCGACCAAUCAUCAAAGCCCAGGAGAAAUUGGAUAGGCUCGGCAAAAAACGUAUUCAUAGAUCAGGUUCAGAGGUCACAACACCAGACUCCAUGAAAAACACAGAAGGCAGCAUGACAACAAGCUCGGAGCUGGUUCUACCCUCACCCACCAAGAUGAGGACGCGCAAGUCUCGACAUCGUCGCAAUAACAGCCGAGGCUCUAUGAAGGACAUCGCCUCCCCCAUCAAGUCCCCCUCGCGGGACCACGAAGCCAGAAAUGCUGAAGCCCUGAACCCCGCCGGCCUACACCACAUAGAGCACCCGCAGUUCCCCGGUACUUUCAAGUACCUGGGGCCGGGGACAGCCAUCAGGGAGUACAGGAGCGAGGAUGAGGUGGACGGCUGUGAGAUGAGGAUCUCACACAUGGAGAACAACAUCAAAAAACGUCAGGAGCUGUGUAGCAGGACCUCCAGCGCCAACAACAGCACCAAGAGGUCCCCCAUCUCCAGGCGAUCACCGCUAUUCAAAGACAAUAACAUCAACGACGUUUGCUUUGGCUGCGACGGCGGGUGUAGUGACGCCACGUGCAGCAGCAAAAGGUCGUCCCAGGUCAGCGCCGAUGUUGAGAGCACCUGUGAUUUAUCUCCCCUGUCUAGCCCCAAACACCAACCGCUUGAAACAAUGAGCGAGAAAUCAUCUCCGGAUGUUGACUCAUCUCGUCAUGAAACUGGCUCAGGGUCAUGUUCAUGCUCGCCCAUGGCAUCCCCCGCUGACCUUCAACCCCAGACGUACACAGUCCGAGAAAAAGACUCGAAUGAAAAUUUAAAUUUCCCGGAGAGCAGCACGAACUCUGUCAGCUCACAGCUUAACUCGGGCGUCAUCCAAACGACGACGUCACACACUGACUGUGACACCAUCAACACCAGUCUCACACAACAGACUCUCACAAACUCCACCAACCACCAUCUUGUACUUAUGACCUCGCAGGGGUCGGGGGUCAAACGUGUGCACAGCAGCCAGGAUAUGAGCAGGAGACACAGGAGCCCGUCCUGCCGGAGGAGAAGCUCUGACAUCUUUGAGAACUCUGGCAGGUGUCAGGACAGGUACGAGGACAGCCAGGCGGGGACGGAGAGAGCUGGACAAAAUGUGGACGGUGUCCUGCAGAAAAGGGAGGCAAACAACUCCUCUGUUAGAUUCAGAAACACCAAGCACUCUGAAGAAUCCUGGUCUGAAGAAGAGGAAGGGGAGGUGAGUGAUGACGAGACACCUUGUCGUCCCCCCUGCCGCCAGUCCUUCUCCACCCUGAGCUCUGAAGGUGUCUUCUCAGAGGAGGACAUCAGUGACAGGUCAGGCAACCAAGAUGGCAGUGGUGACAACGGUCUGCUGUCCACUGGCAGUGCAGAAAACCUGCAGGCGGAGCUGACCAAACUGACCUACAUACCAGAUGGUCUGUCGGACAGGGAGAAAACUGUCAAGAAGAUGAAAAAUAAAGUUAACUCCCCUGAUAGGAUGAAAUCUGAGACGGACACAAGUUCGGACGAGUGUUCCGAUAUAACAGUGUCAUCAGCUAUACACAAAACUAGGUCUGUAGAGAGUAGCACUCACUGGUAGCCAGCCUCCUUCUAUGUUCUUCAGUCAUCUUCUCAAAGUCAUCUUCUCAAAGUCAUCUUGAUGUCACUAGCUUCACAUCAUCAGUCAUCCAACAUGAACCAUCAGCCACUCAACACUGAGUGAGUCAUUCAUCUUCGCCUUGUGUAGAAGCAAGACACAUUUGUUCUACCAUUUACCUCAGAUAGACUAGGAUCAGGGCCAGACUGGACAGGAUUUUCUGGCAGCUGUACAGGGAAGGUCAGGGCUAGUCAG